AUGCGUGCCCUUAUGCGUGCCUACUUCGUCUAUCUCCUCAUGGUAGCUACUCUCGCGGUAAGCAGUGGUGCGAUAUCAACAACCAGGGAUUCGAUUCAAGUCAUUGAUGCUACCUCGCCGGACACUUUACAAUCGCAUACGACCACGGGAAUUGAUGGUCCUACCAAGCGGUACCUCCGAGACAAAGAGACAGAGAACGAAAAUGCGAAUGAUAAGAAUGCCGAGAAAAGGGCUAGUACGUCUCAGCUCUCAAUCGUGGAGAAGGUACUUAAGGUACCCUUAAUUGAGAAGAACGGAGGCUUAAAUGGCUUAAGCAGGCUUUCUUCAACGGAUAAGCUCGCGACUUCGCAGAAGCUGCAGAAAUUGGCACAACCAGUAUCACCACAUACCGAGAAGAUACCAUUUUGGAUUAAGAAGCAUUCUAACAACAAGUUUUGGAGAAACUUCCAGUACAACGCCUGGAUCUGGACCAAAAAGACACCCGAAUGGGUCGAGACGAUCUACCCCGCGUUCGCUAAAGUCUAUGACCUAUUUUUCCAAAAACGGAUGACUCGGGGAUACAAGUAUGCGUAG